GGUUUCACAGGCAUUGAUGAAGAAGUGCGGAAAGUCACUUUUGGACGAGGCAAACUCAAAGAAAGUUGACAUGAAGAAGUAUGAAGUGGUAAUAACGAAAGCUCCGCAUUUGAAGUGCCGUCAAAUUAUGCAUGUUGUGGCCAAGGAGUCGCCGCAGGACUGGAAGCAGAUUAUCGUCAAGUGCUUAGAACGUGCCAAGAAAAAGGGCUUCCGUAGCCUUGCAUUUCCUGCAUUAGGAACUGGCAUGAGUGCUAGUGUCGCUGCGGCAACUGCACAGAUAAUGGUUCAGGCGACAAAGGAAUUUGCAGCGGAUGGGUGCGGCAGCUUGACAGACGUUAGAUUUGUGAUUUUUCAGAAAGAGAUGAUUGACAGUUUUCACGGUGCAAUUCGCAAAGCAAAAGGCUUACAGGGAGUUGGCGUAGGAUUGCCGCCUCCUCCAAAGCCCUCCACUCGUAGGUUUAGUAAGAUUGAAGCAGAUAAGGACGCUGUUCUUUUCACGUUGUGGGCCCUAAAUAUGAACACUAUAACAUCAGCAAUUCAAAAGUUGGACAGUUGCAUAGAACGUGAAGUGUCUACAAAGGUCUUUGAUGACACUGUUAUUUCCCGGAUGAAUGAUAAACAGCUGAAGGCAAUCAAACAGAAGGCAGACGAAAACCAUGUUGAAUACAAACUUAUUGGUGGAGUUAUCCAGAUUGUUGGUGUUAUGCAAAAUGUGGUCAAUGUCACAGAUGAUAUAUACGCAUCUUUACGUGAUGCUGCAAAAAUAGAGCAAGAUCAGAAUGCCGCCAUGAUAUUGAAAGACAUCGUCCAGUGGUAUUGGAUAGAACAGACCGAAAUGGAGGAUGAACUGAAACCCUAUGAAAUGAUGCUGAACUAUCAAAUAGAGCAGGCUUUUAAGGCACAAAAGGACAAUUUCACUUACACUGACAAUGGAGAAGAGGUGGUCGUUGACUUUAAGAAUUGUUCCGAGUAUUGCAAGUCAAAGCCUGGUGAAAAGGAUACAAUUAUUCGAAAAUAUCUUAUCAAAGAAUUUAGCGGAGAGGUUCCUGCCAACUGGAAAGCCAUGAAGGGAAAUUUACUGGUGUAUAAGUUGGCCCCCGCUGACAAGGAGUACACUGAUUUAUCCGGGAGAUUUCACGCGUCCAGUGGUGGAGGCUACACUAUUCACUCGAUCGAGAAAGUUCAAAACAAAUCACUGUGGCUACAGUAUGAAGCGAAAAAGAAACAGCUCGAGGGCCAGAAUCCCGCAGGAACGAAAAACGAGCAAUUCCUGUGGCACGGUACAUCUGAAGACACCGUGGACAGUGUCAACGCACAUGGUUUUAACAGGAGCUACUGUGGAAAAAACGCUACGGCCUUUGGGGAUGGCGUUUAUUUUGCUGUAAAUGCAAACUAUUCCUGUUCAGAUACGUAUUCAAGACCCGGUGCCCAGGGACUAAAGAAAAUGUAUUACUGCGCUGUUUUGACCGGUGAAUUCAUUUUGGGAAAAUCGGGAAUGCGCGUCCAGCCACCGAAAACUAACGCAGGAAAGAAUGCCCUGUACGAUUCCGUCGUAAAUAAUGUUGCUGGUCCCGCUAUGUAUAUAAUAUUUAACGACACACAGGCCUACCCUCUUUACAUAAUAACGUUUAAGAAACAGUAGGUAGUCUAAAGCGGAAAUAUUUUUCUGCUGGAGCACAUGCUAUCUAGAGACAUACAUCUGAAGAGGAAGUUUUAAUCUUGGAGGUUUUGAAUGACAAUAAAACACAGUUCUGUGGAGGAGUCAUAGUGUCUAUCUCCUCGGACUAUAUUCUAAGAUACUUUUUGUGCUGCUGUAUUUCCGUAAAAACUGUAUUUCUUUUAUCAUAACGCUCUGCAAGUUUAAUCAGACCGUGCGGUUUAAACAGAUGCCCAAAUAUCUUCGAGCAUUCUCCAACACAUAUGUUUGCUAUUUGUUAUACUCUCCUGCAGAACACAGAAUUGUAUUUGCGAUAUUCUAACGUUUUUUUUUUACGUCUGCUUUUGUGUACUUUGGGCAUAACAAAUGCGUGCACAUUUGUUAAAUUCAUUGAUUUCCCUGAUAUCUAGUGUUGUGUAGGCAUUCACUUAAGUCCAUGUCAGCAACAUCUAUGUUUAUUUUGUUUUUAUUAUUUUAUAUUAUGAAUAGUUUCUUUUAUAAGCUUAUGACUUUAUUAUAUUUUGUUUAAGUAUCCUGUUGUUAAAAUUCCUGAGAUUAAGUAUAUCAACAUUUUUUUAAUUAGAAAUUCCCUUUUUCUUGCAUGAUUUGUCUACGAUUAACUCAAUUAAUAAAAAAAUCUACUUUACUAUUGUGACUUUGUUAUAAUGUGCAUAUAUGCUCACCGUUGUAUUACUCAUAUUUUUAAUCGUUGUAUAAUGAUUUUGUAUUAAUUAUGUCGACGCCAAGUAAAGCAUAGUAACAGGUAAUUUGUUAUAAAGCAAUAUUACCUAUUGGGACUUCCCUCGUUAUGUAUUGCCUCUAUACAAGAAUAUGUUACUAUGUCUUUAUUUGGUUAAUGAAGUCCCAUACCAUGCAUAUGUUCGCCUAGAUGCUCUAGUUACCAUACACUUUUCAUCAAAAAUAAGUUCAUAUGGAUUGGUCACACACGAUAUUAUAGUAAAAUCGGUAAACCAGCUAUAAUAAUUAUAUUUAAUGAAAUGAAAUCAGUUUUUAAGGCAAAAUUUAUACAAAUGUGCUUAAACGUUUUUCUUAUGUGACUGCCUUUGAUAUCAGUGUAUUAUCUUUUGAAGUUAACAUUUUGAAAAAGCUGUUGCGAUUAUUGUUAUUACCAAGUCCGUUUAUGAAACGGUCAACUUAUUAAAGUUUUACCCAAGUUUUGUUUUGAUCAGCUUUUCCUAAAGCGGUAAAACAAUGGUUAUUAUAUGUGUGCUAUCAUUGUGUGUGGAUCAAUCUUGAAUCGCGUACUUUAUCUUUACAAUUUCACUUGAUACAUGUACUUAUUUUUCUUGAAAGAGUGUGCGUAAUUGCAAUGGAAAUAAGUUGUAUACAAACUUAUAAAUACGUUUGUUGAAUUCGAUUUAUAACUAUAGCCUAUAUUUUGGGAGUAACGUUGACGUCAUGAAUGAAUAUAACCUUUACAAGCGUAUCGCGAUUUGUUUCCGGUAUAUACUAACGCUACUAAAAUGUCAUCAAAAUAUUAUGAAUUCCUAAAGAUUAUCCACUCAUUUCCUUUUUAAGUUUUGUUGAGUUCAAUCAUAUUAAAUUCUUUGACUGUUAUUUUCGACCUAAUCAUUAUUGUUGAAUAUUUUGUUAGAAAAAAUCAUAUUGAGUAUCUAGGCAUACCAUUUAUCCUGUCAUCAGUAUUACCAUGGUGUAUUAGAUUCGGAUGUAUGGUGUAUUGGUAUGGUGUAUUAGUUAAGUGAAAUGUGGUGUAUUAGAUCCGUAAUAUUGGGUGUAUAAGCUCAAUGCAAUGUGGUGUAUUAGAUCCGUAAUAUUGGGUGUAUAAGCUCAAUGCAAUGUGGUGUAUUAGAUCCGUAAUAUUGAGUGUAUAAGCUCAAUGCAAUGUGGUGUAUUAGAUCCGUAAUAUUGAGUGUAUAAGCUCAAUGCAAUGUGGUGUAUUAGAUCCGUAAUAUUGGGUGUAUAAGCUCAAUGCAAUGUGGUGUAUUAGAUCCGUAAUAUUGAGUGUUUAAGCUGAAUGCAAUGUGGUGUAUUAGAUCCGUAAUAUUGGGUGUAUAAGCCUAAUGCAAUGUGGUGUAAUA